CUCAUAGAAGAAGGAACACCAGAACUGUGCUGUGAAGGCGAUAGCUUUUGUAUCCGUUUCAAAUGCAUUACUACAGGACGACUUGAAUUAAGUCUGAGGCCGGUAACAUCAACAAUGAGGACAAACCCAGCCUGUCUCUCUCCAUCUACACUGAGGCCAAACCUACAGCCACUGGGUCCUGAUUGUGACAGUGGAGCCCAGUUUGCACUGCAGGAUCCAGAGAUGGCAUCAGUGAAGCUGGAAGACUGCAGUCAAACACUGGAGUUGAAUGUCAACAUUAAAGAUGAAGAAGAGGAGGUGAAGAUUGGGAAAUCUGUUUAUGAUGGAGACCAUGUUGAGACAUUCCCUGCAUCCAGACAACAACAGCAGGAAGAUCACAGAGCUAAGAGGUCUCACCACUGCCCACAUUGUGUGGAGAUUUUUCCAUUUCUAUCAAAGCUAAAAGUACACCUAAAAAUACACACAGGAGAGAAGCCUUACUCCUGCUCUGACUGUGGGGUGAGUUUCUCUCGACUGGAUACCUUAAAAACACACCAACGUAUACAUACAGGAGAGAAGCCUUAUUCCUGCUCUGACUGUGGGGAGAGAUUCUCUCAAAUGAGCAGCUUAAAAGCACACAAACAAGUACAUACUGGAGAGAAGCCUUACUCCUGCUCUGAUUGUGGGAAGUGUUUCUCCCGAUCGGAUACCUUGAAAUCACAUGAACGUAUACAUACAGGAGAGAAGCCUUACUCCUGCUCUGACUGUGGAAAAAGUUUCUCCCGAUUGGAUAACUUAAAAUCACAUGAACGUGUACAUACAGGAGAGAAGCCAUAUUCCUGCUCUGACUGUGUAAAAUGCUUUAAAACAUCAACUGAGCUAAAAGUACAUCAGAGAACACACACAGGAGAGAGGCGUUACUACUGCUCUGACUGUGCAAAAUGUUUUAAAACAUCAACUGAGCUAAAACUUCAUCAGAGAACACAUACAGGAGAGAAGCCUUACUUCUGCUCUGAAUGUGGAAAGAGUUUCUCCAGAUUGGAUACCUUAAAAACACAUGAACGUAUACAUACAGGAGAAAACCCUUACUCCUGCUCUGACUGUGUAAAAUGCUUCAAAACAUCAACUGAGCUCAAAGUUCAUCAGAAAACACACACAGGAGAGAAGCCUUAUUACUGCUCAGUCUGUGGAAAAUGUUUUAAAACAUCAAAUGAGCUAAAAGUUCACCAGAGAACACACACUGGAGAGAAGCCUUACGUCUGCUCUGGCUGUGGCAAAAGUUUCUCCCACCAGAGCAACUUAAAAACACACCAACGUAUACAUUAAGGAGAAAAGCCUCAUCAGUUCUCUGACCAGCUAAGAAUAAAGUCACUCCAUCACUUAAUUCUCAUCUCAUAAAAUAAGUUGUAACGUUGAAUUGGAUCAAAUGAAGAAAGCGGAGAACACUGUAAUCCUAUUGGUUCUCACUGUGAGAGAACUCUGCAGAGGAAAGGGAGCGUUCUAGAUUUUAGCCUCUCUUUACUUUACCAAUCAGUGUGCACCUUGUCAGUUUUAGUGUGUUUUGUUUUGUUAGCUUCUACUGUAAAGAUUUGCACUUGGUGUUGAAUACCCUCUGUUAUUCUUCGCAUUUUGAAAUAAAACAGUCUGCCAAUUGACUGGGAGGUACUGCUUCCCUCUCAGUCUGUUAGCUUAGCUUAGCAUGCAACUACUAAGCAUGUUAGCUAACCUUUCCCCUAAACCCAUUUAACUCUACCUUAAACCCCUCACCCCUAACCAAGCUAACGUCAGCAACAACAAAUUGGAAUUCGUAACAUAUCAUACAUAUUACAAGUUCGUAACAUGUUGUAUGAAUAGCAAUGCGUAAAAUAACAUACGAAUUGUAAUUCUUAAGAUACGAUACAUCCUACAAGUCGUAUUAUACUGAACAACAAUCUAAACGUAACAAGUUCAAAGAUUUAGUUUGUAUAAGGAAAUCAGUCAAUUAAAAUAAAUUAGGCCCUAAUCUAUGGAUAUUAUAUGACUGGGCAGAGGCUCAGCCAUGGGUGGGACUUGGGAGGGCAUAGCCCCACUUGGGAGCCAGGCCCAGCCAAUCAAAAUGAGUUUCUCCCCACAAAAGGUCUUUAUUACAGACAGAAAUACUACUCAGCCCCCCUCAGACAAUCCUGCAGGUGAAGAGGUCCUGGGCUGCCGUGGUUACAUGUGAUCUGCAGUUGUGAGGCCGGUUGGAUGUACUGCCAAAUUCUCUAAAAGGACAUUAGAGGUGUCUUAUGGUAGAGAUAUAAAUAUUGAGCUCUCUGGCAACAGCUCUGGUGGACAUUCCUGCAGUCAUCAUGAGAAAUGCACAUUCCCUGAACUUGAGACAUCUGUGACAUUGUGUUGUGUGCCAUUUUAUUAUCCCCAACACAAGGUACACCUGUGUAAUGAUCAUGCUGUUUUAUCAGCUUCUUGAUAAUCUAUACCUGACAGGUGUGGAAUAUCUUGACAAAGGCUAAAAUGCUCACUAACAGGGACAUAAACAAUUUUGUGGAAAGUAACAUACUAAAUGGAGUGGCACGGUUGUUUUUGUAACAUAAAAUAAAUUUUGCUCUGAGACCAGGUUGUCCCUCGGAAGGAGUUAGUAGACACUUAAAAAAAAUGUUUUAACCUUUAUUGAACUAGGCAAGUCAGUUAAGAACAAAUUCUUAUUUACAAUAAUGGCCUAGGAACAGUGGAUUAACUGCCUUGUUCAGAGGCAGAACAACAGAUUUACCAUGUCAGCUCAGGGAUUCAAUCAAGCAACCUUUUGUUUACUGACCCAACGCUCUAACCACUAGGUUACCUUCCACCCCUAACAUGUAUCAGAUAGAGAUUAUCACUUUUCACCACUAGUUUGGGGGGGAUUAGUUUACAACUUUAUUUAAUGAUACACAGUUUAUGAAAUGAAUACAUGUGUUUAUUAAUUGUCUUUAAAACUAGAUUAGUUAUUUUAGUUACUGAUCAUGAAUGUGUUUUGAUAACUGCAUUGAAGCAAACUUUAUUGAUCUGCCAAAUGAGAAAUAAAGUUACAUGAAUAUGUAAUGGUCAACCUCUUCUUCUCUUUAGUAUUCAGUUCUUCAUAUUAGAUCUGACAGUAUGAAUGGUUCUUAUGGUUGUAUUCAGUUCUUCAUAUUAGAUCUGACAGUAUGAAUGGUUCUUAUGGGCUGAGUGCCUGGAGUGUUUUUGUAUGACUACAGUCAGGAGUUCUCUCUGACCCUGUGAUGUCACCAGCACAUUAAGAACAUUCAUCUUAAGAUAGCCAGGUGAG